CUCGGUAGCUGAUAUUGUCGUCGACUCUCAGCAGGACCGGCUCGUCCGCAUAGACCCUUGUCUGCCCCUUUAAGACUACGCUAGCUGGAGUCCCGGGACCUGAAGUAGCCAAAUCCUGGCUUUCAGUUCUUCUCCUGCAUCUGGCCGCUCGGAUUUUAUUCGUCUUUCCACCUCGCGUCCUAUACUGCCAUCCUUUCCAACGUGUUGAGAAGCGCAAGAGCAAUCGCGUGAAACAUAAAAAUGGCAGCAGAUCUAAGGACAUUCGACCACCACGUCAUCGUUGCACUCGAUGGCUCAAAUCAUCACCAUGGCAUAGCUUUAGUGCCGCCUCCGUCGAACGAUCCCAGAGAUCCUUUGCGAUGGCCUCGGUGGUUCAAGAUCGUUGCGUUGGUUGCUACUGCCAUGUGUAACUUCACUGGCAAUUUUGCCGGCGCCGGGUUCUCUGUUGCAAUCGUGGUGCUUGAGAUGCAGUUUAGGAAGAGCGCGUCGGACGUGAACACACUACUCACCUUCAAUUUCCUCACACUUGGUCUGGGAAAUCUGUUCUGGGUUCCCUUCGGUGUCAAGUACGGGAAGCGAGCAUCACUGAUAGUUUCUAUGGCCAUGUUGUUUGCAGUACUGUGUUGGACAGCAAAGGCAUCCACUUUUAACUCUCUGCUGGCAGCCCGAUGUCUGUCUGGAUUUGCGGCCUCUGCAGGAGAGAGUAUCGUUCCAGGUAUCGUCAACGAUCUGUUCUUCCUUCAUGAAAGAGCUAGCAUGAUGUCGAUCUACAUCAUCUUCACCACCUCCGCGACCGCCCUUGGGCCCCUGAUCGCCGGCUACAUGGUUCAGUACUCUAAGGGAUCCUGGCGCGACUACGUCUGGCUAUGUGCUGCUUUGGCUGGCUUCAAUCUGCUACUUCUUAUCUUCCUUUACCCCGAAUCAAACUUCAAUCGUCCCUCAAUUCCUCACUCCGACACUUUGACCGAAGACACCGGAACGCCCUACACGAGCGGUGAGAUCAAGGGUAACAUGAAAGGGGACACAGCACAUCUGGGCUUUGUGGAGCCCGGAAACGAUCAACAUGAUACCCCCAUUGGAGUUCAGCAUGUCGACCACAUCCCAGUUUCUUGGUCUCGCACCUGCCUCUCGUUUUUCACGGUCGAUCAUCACGUCAGUCUCCUUACUGUCGCUGUCCGCCCUCUGGUGGUUCUCAUACAUCCGGCCGUGGUCUGGGCCGUAUUUGUCUAUGGUACCUCAUUGGCUGCUCAGGUCAUCCUCAUUUUCAACCUCCCCAGUUUCCUGACCCCACCGCCGUACUCCUUCAGCUCCAGUGCAAUCGGCCUCAUGCAAGUUGCCGCUCUCAUCGGCUUUUUCUUUGGCAUGAUUGCGGGCGGCUACCUUGGAGAUAUCAUAACCGUAAAGCAAAUUCUCAGAGCCGGCGGUCAUUCAUUUCCAGAGCAAAGGCUCAUGGCUCUUAUCCCUGGGUUUGUGAUUGCUCCAGCUGGUUGUAUCCUCAUCGCCUUUGCGUGUUCAGAAAAGCUUCAUUGGGUCUCGAUUGCCUUUGGGUUUGGCAUGGUGUCGUUCGGGACAGUAUAUGCUCCGAAUAUCGCACUAACCUACGUCAUUGAGAGGCACCAAGAUAUCGCGGCCGAAUCUUUGGUCCUCAUCAAUGCCUUCAAAAAUCUCGUCACAUUCUUGUUCACGUAUGUGGCCGUUAGUUGGAUCGCCUCACAAGGAUGGGUGCAGGUAUACAUGAUCAUGUUCAUGCUCGUCGCGCUCGCGACGCUUGGAGCUAUUCCUUCUUACAUUUGGGGCGAGGAAAUGGCCGCCCGGAUUGAGGCCACGCAACUCCAUCAGCGAUAUUUGACCAACCAACGCAAAUGAUGAUUGAUCAACGACAUGAGUACUGGGUUUUCAGAAGUUUGGGCGGGGUCUUGCAAUUCCAGAUUACAUAACGUGGAUAUUCAAGAAAUCGUAGUCAUCAUGUAUAUAGUCUUGAAUGUCAGAACGCGUCUUGCUUGAGUGAGAGCUGGAGGUGAACUUCAGUAAUAGAACUUGGCCAUUCCGUUGCAUAACGCUUUCGUCGAUUUAGACACUGAUACAGGGAAACUACGACUUAGUUUUCCUGCCAGACCCAUAUGCUGCAGGAGCUUGUCUUGGUUCCAUGAUCGCUAAGAAAGGGGAUGGUUGGCUGACGGUCUUGGCCAACAAUCGCACUUCACUGAAGAC